UCCACGCAACGCACCCAACAUUAUUUUGUUGCAAUAAAUUGCGGAAAACAGUAUUGUUCGUCCGGACUGGGUGGUGCGUUAAAAACUGAAUAGUUUUCUCUGCCUGGGGACAAAAGCUCUCUCCUGGGGAGUACCAAACUUGCAAAAGCAGUGGUACAUGUUGCUGAUUCAGCAUUGAUCAUGGCUGAGGGAAGAAAGACAGCCCAUUUCAAGAGAGGAGAUAGCAAGAGUUCAGGAAAGUCAUCUGCUGAAAAUGAACUGAAGCUGUGUUCGGCUUAUCUGUACCGAAAAGAGGGUUGUAACCGGGGAGAUGACUGUAACUUCCUCCACAUCUGCCGGGGCUACAUACUGCAGUCGUGCAAAGCUAGUGGGCAUGCCUGCAAAUUUUCCCACGAUCUUAGUUGCAGACAACCGCAGGCUCUCUUUCGGAGACAGUUCGGGAUCAAGCACCUGAAUGGGAAAUCUCUACACGAGUUCAGGGAGCUCUUUGCCGCAGCCCUGCAAAGUCCCUCCGUCACUGGCUCAGGCCAGCAGAGCAGCUGCGGAGAAGAGGAAACCGGGAAGCACCACCGGCAAAAGUUGAGGAAGUUUCUCUGGAAAUUAGGUGAUAUCCGUGAUGCCAAGUCAUUAGAUAGACGGUCAGACUUUGAAGGAUGCAGUGAUGGUGAUUAUGAUGAAGGCAGCAGAGACAACUUGAAAGGGAAGAAGGAGCCACCAAAAUGGCCAGCAGCCAAGCAACCCCAGACUGAGAAGGAAAAACAACCGACAAAAAUCUGCUCCUUCUAUGUCCGAGGAAACUGCAAGUUUGCCUCUCACCCCGGGUUCAGGCACUGCUCCAGUCCCUUCCAAUGGCAGAUUUUUGACGGCCAACAGCAUGACUGGCUGGACCUCACAAGGCAGGCAAAUGAUGCCAUAGAGGAAAAGUUCUGUAAUGUCAACAACACACAGUUUAGAGAACCCAUUAUGGCAUGUUCUGGGGAGAGCAUCGACGGUAGUUUCUACCGAGCAACAAUAACGUUUGGUGUGGAAUCCUUCAGCGUUAGUAAUGAAAAGAGUGGCAGAGUCUUGGAUAUGCGACGUCUUUCCACAGUGUCAGAGGCGCAACCUGGGCGUCCAAAUAGUGGUCACAGCACUCAGUGGAUAUGGUAUUGGCAAUAUGACAACCAGACCUGGAUGCAGUUCCUGAAACCCGAGGAUACUUCCCCCUUGACGAGCAGUACUGCAAUUGAAAGGAAGUUUUUGAGUUUUAUGAACCAUAAAGGACCCUGCCAACUUGACGUCACCACAAGGCUGGGGGAAUCCAAGCUUGAUUUCUCCCAAAUGACACUGAGGAGUCCAGAGUCAGGCUACACUCACCCGUUGGCACGGAGACCCAAGUGGCAACCAACAUCAGAAGAAAAAUCACUCCGUGGCCAGAGCGAUCCUAGAGGCAGUAAAGAUAAGCAGUUGCCAGCAACUUCCCAGCAGACAGAACGGACAGAAGCAGUGACCCCAAAGAAAUCGAAAGUUGGUGAACUAGUAGAGUCUGAGGAAAGCAUCAUGAGGCAAAAGUCAGGUGACAAAGCUGUCCAAAGGAAGACCACAGACUCCUCAGACUCAUCCGCUGCCUCCUCUGGAACUCCGAAGACCAAGGCUACGCAUACACGGUCAAUUCUAGGUGACACAGCAGACAAAGGAGAGAAGAGACCACAGCGAGAAAUGGCAUCGGCAGAAGCAUCCAAUUCCACUUUAAUGGCCACUUCAUCGCAACAGGCUAAACCUGGUGGAGACGCUGAAAGUAUUCCUCAGAUUUGCAUCCAUUUCUUACAUGGAAGCUGUACGUUUUCUGAGCAAGACCACCAGCAAUAUAGGCACUUUCCACACCCCUUCCAGUGGCAGAUUCUGGAUGGAAUGAAAAGGGUUUGGCUUACUCUCACAGAACAGGCCAACCUGAAACUUGAAAAGCACUACUGCGACAUUAAAAAUAGAGCAUACACUGGGACCUUGCUUGCAUAUUCUGGUGAAAGUGAGAAGUUUGUUGUCAAAGUACAGUUUGCAAGCAUCGUGUUUGGCACUGAUACCUUCAUUAUCCAUGACCAGGCUUGGCAGUUUACAGAAGCGAGGCGUCUCUCUACGAUGUCCCAUGUCCAGGCUAAUGGAUGGAGGAAGGUUUAUGGCACUCACUGGAUGUGGUAUUGGCAGAAUAAUAUUGCUGGGAAGUGGUUUGUUUUCACCGAGGAGAACCCAGAGUCUGACAAGGAUAGCUCCUUAACCACGAGUGCCAUGAUUGAAAAGAGAUACCUGAAAUUUAAACGCAAACAAGGGCCAUCUUGCAUAGAUGUCAUGACCAUUCAAGGUGAGUGGAAGUUAGACUUCAGCAAGAUGAAGCAGACACAGUCCGUCAAAGGAUCAGAGAUGUUCAUACAGCUGGUGGCACGAAGGCCCAAGUGGAACCCUCAUGUGGAGCAGCAAGAUCCCAGCAAGGAGCAAAGUGUUCCUGUUGACGCAUCCAUCGGCAAGACUUCUGGGGGCUCCAAGGCCAAAAAAACGCAACCAGCUGUGGUGCAAAAGAUGGGUCAAAAGCCAGACACCUCUGUUCCACAACUUACCAAGGGCUUGGAUGAAGAACUAAGACAGCUCAUGAUAUCUCAAGUAGGAGAACUACAGAUGCAUACCAAAUCAUCAGACCAGAGCCCUAAUGCCCCCAGCAAUAGGGUCAAGUCCACAGAUACCUCAGAUUUUGCAGAUCUGGAGACCUUAGAGAAAUUGGUGAAAUCUCAACAAAGAUUUAUUGAGAAAUUGAAAUCACAAAAAGAUUUUCAAACUAGCAAACCUGAAGAGGGAUUUCCAACUCUUAAGGUGCCAGCAGUAUUAGCAGAUAUCCAGAGUCCAAAUGAUGUUGCCAUCCCCAAAGAACCAAGUGCUCAAACCAUUCAUCGGCAGGAUGACCGGGAUGAACCAGAGCCUCAAGAAAGCUCGUCUCAACGGAGGCCAAGUGACCCAGCUGUUAGGCCCAAGGCCAGAAACCCUUCCCGCUCUUCCAAGGUACUUCAACCAUCCUCCUCUUCCAACACCACUGCAUCAGCCUCUCAAGACAACCAAGUAGCUCGUCACCUAAAGCAGAGGGAAUUCACCUACAUCUGCCCAUACUUUCUACGAGGCAGGUGUAUUUACGAGGAUGACAAAUACAACCACAAGCGGCAUUUCCGGACCCCCUACCAGUGGCAGUUCCUUGACACAACAUUGCCAGGAGCCGACUGGGAGAACAUUCCCUCUGCUGAGAAUGAUCGUGUUGAGAGGUCAUUUUGUAAUGUAAACUUUGAAACCCAUGAAUGUAACAGUGAUGCACCUGGUCCAGUACUGUACGUCUAUUUUGAUGAAAAUCAAAUGCAUGGAUCUACAGUGGAUAUUCAUCUCCGUCGCUUGUCUACCUCAUCAAGCGUCUUAAAAACCAACUGGGAAAAGGCAUUUUGUACUGAGUGGACCUGGUACUGGCUUGACGAGAGACAUAAAUGGAUUGUCUAUUCCGGACAGAAUGCCAAAGGCAUUCAGGCAGGCAUCGACAGUGCCACCAUUGAGCAGAAAUUUGUGGACUACCAGAGCAAAGAUGGGGAGCCCGUCAUUGAAUUCACAGCCGGUGGUCAACGGUACACACUGGACUUUGAUGCAAUGGAGCAGACCAACGUCCACUAUCUUACCUGCAGAAAAGUUCGGCGGAGACCCAAGUUUGUUGCCAUGGAAGAACGUAAGCGAUUGGCAAAAGAGCUCUCUCAAGCCCAGUCAGCUACUGUUGCCGUGCCAACAACGUGGGAUAAUCGGGGCACACAGACAGAAGUGAAACUGGUCAAGCUGACCAACUAUACCAGCCCAGAAUACACUGCCAUCACCAAUUUGUUCCGGGACACAAUGGAUGACAGAGGAUCUAUCAUCUCCAUCAAGAGGAUACAGAACUUGGAAUUGUGGGAGGAUUUUACAAGACUGGGUGACCGAAUGAAAAAGAAGAACAGGGGCAAAUCUGUCUUAACCAAGCAGCUGUUUCAUGGAACUAUCUCUGAGAAACAUGCCACUACUAUUUGCAAUCAGAACUUCGACUGGCGACUCUGCGGAAGCAACGUUGGGACGCUGUACGGCAAAGGCAGCUACUUCGCCCGAGAUGCCAAGUUUGCUCAUAGCUACACUCGAGCUGACGAACUCGAUCAACGUUACAUGUUCGUAGUCCAAGUUCUGGUUGGCACCUACUCCGCAGGCAAAUCAGAAUACACAAGACCACCCCCAAGGGACCCUUCGAAGCCUCUAGGAGAUCUUUAUGAUUCCUGCGUCAACGAUACGUCAGAUCCCACAAUAUAUGUCAUCUUUGAGAAACCCCAGGUGUACCCUGAAUAUCUGAUCAAAUAUAAGGAGAAGUCCCACCACAGAACGGCAUCAACAGCUUUCGCUACCAAAUACCCAAGUAGAGUUGCUACUUCUACCACUGCCCAAUUGCCACAUGUAAGUGCCCGCACUUCUGCCAGUUACGCAACCCCAAGUCAAUACACUACGUCUGGUGUCAGCUACCAAAGUCCAGCUUCUGCCAGUGCAGCUUCAACAGCAUACAUGCCAUCUCGUGCAUCCAGUCGCCCAACUUCUUCCUAUGCCACCAGUGGAACAAACCCUGGGCAGGGUAAUAUACCAUCCUCACAUCACUAUCCAGCACCGCCAAGACCCACUUCAUACUCUAAUCCAGCUCCUGGCUAUUCCCAGAGCCCUUUCCAGCCAAAAACCUCUACAUCGACCAAGAGUUCAUCAUCAUCGGCAAGAACACCAUCCUCAAAAGAGAAAUCAUGCAGCAUACAGUAAACAAUGGUUUAACACAUUUAGUUAUCCUCCAUCCUCAAAGAGCAGUGAAGAAAGUGCUUUCGGCCAAAUUUUUGAGUCCUUUUUCAAGGAACCUUUCAUAUUUGCAUACAGUCAAACCAGGGUAAGGGAAUCGAGUCGCAUGUUCUUUGUACAUGCUUUCAAAUGGCAUCCAAAGUAACAGUGGCUAGGUUGUACCUUUCUCAAUCCUGCAAACUCCUCCAAAACCUCCUGGUGGCUUUUGAUGAGCAAUCUCUGAGUGGGUCAGGGACAUUUAUGAAAGGUACAAGCAAGUAAUCAACAAGUAAAAAGGAACUGUAUCUCUACUGAAUUCAUGCUUUUAUUAUGAAGGGGCGUCAACUUGUCAGUGGUUAGCUUUCACAUUAGACAGUAUACAGUCAACACAAUAAAUAUGAUUGCUUAGUAAAGUCAAUUGUAAAAUGCAAAAAAAAAAAUCAAUUUAGAAAUGGUUCUGCAUGAACAAUUUCAAAUAAUUGAAGUUCCUUCCAUCCACUGUACACUGGCACACAUUUCUAGCCAUUAUCAUAAACAAGUGAAAGGAUUUGUAAAGGAUUUAAAUUUACUUUCAAGGACUUUAUUCUGCAUUUGCAAUUAGCAUUUCUGAGUAGUUUAUACAGGACUCUACUUUCUGGAUAUAUUUGAUUUCUUAACUUCUGUCUUAGCACUUGUGUGUAUCUGUUGUCAUUGUGUGGUUGGUUACUUAAAAUGCAGGAAAGAUACAUACAGCCAUUUAAUUUCCAUUUUUUCUACUGUGUUUUGAAAGUUUUCUUCUUUUUCAUUUCUUCACUUAAAAAUGGACUUCAAAGGCAGGAUCAUAAUUGGCACAAAUGUGUACAUGGAAGGGAAUUUCA